CUGUAGAACGUACAACUUAUUUCCUGUUUUGUAAAAAACGGCCCAUCCUAGGAAAUGCGUUUGAGAAGUUGCGCUAUCGGGUGAAUAUUUAAUUUGCGCUAUAAGGUAUAAUUUAGAGUGGAACCAUGGAUCCUAAGAUUUUACAAAACAACUCUGCUCAACCAGCGAGGAGGUCGACAAGGCAAUCGAUGAAAGUUACUKUAGAGUUGACACCCAGAGGUCCGCUGAAGAGGAGGAGGGAAGAGAUCAAGCUCCCGUCCACACCUGUCAAUGGCUCCAUGGAGGACGAUGAGUCCCCUGGCAAGAAGACCAAGUCAGAUAUUGGAGUGGCAGGGGAUGGCAGUUGUGAUGAGGAUAAGAUGGAUGUCCAGGAGACCACUGGGGAUGAAGAUCUGGACUCGGAGCAGAACGAGGACCAGGAGAUGAGUUCAGAGGAAGACUCCUCCCAUCACAAUGUCACACAGCAUAAACGUCCCUUUGAUACAGCUWUGAUGGGGCGCGUGAAUGUGAACGUACCGAAGACGGUUCGUGUUGGCUCCCAAGAGAUUGUAGAUCCCAGGUUGUACCUAAUGAGUCGCAGUUCCAUUCAUACAACCGAGGAGCUGAAAACAGAUCUGUUGAAAACCAAGAGAAUGGAAGCGUCAAGAAGAGCUGCGUCUGGUACCAAGCCUGCAACCCAACUCAGACCCCUGGAGAACCGACCAGAGAUUCUGACUUACAAGACUAGCAGCAUGGCAGAGUACAAGGAUAAUAUGGAGAGGAAAGACAAAAAAACUGGAUUGCCCAGCGCUAACCAUCAUAGUAUGAGAGGUUACCCCACCUCUGAAGAGUCCUACACAUCGAGCUGUCGGGUGAACAAUAUUCCUACUCGAAAACAAACUACCAAACUCAGAAAACAAGAUAUUAAGAAAUCAGCUGUUAUCAAGGCAAUUCCUGAGAAAGCUUUUGGGGGGUGCAUGUGGAAACUGUGUCAGGCUCUGGUGCUGCUUGUCUCUGGUGUUCUGGGUCUUCUGGCCUACCAGCACCUCCCACUGCCCCGCAGGCCUUCAGGGGGUGGAGACCAUCCAGCCUGGCCUGUGAGAGAGGGGAAGUUUGUUUCUCAGUUAUCUGCUCUGGAGGCCCUGUUCCCCGGGCAGCGCUCUGAGCUGUGGAGGAGGAGCAGGAUCCACCUGGAGAGGCACCUCCAGACGGCCCGGCCCACGGAGCCAGUCAGCCUGAUGCUGACAGCAGGCCGCAGGGGGGAGAAGACGCUGCACUGCCUUGCCCUGCGUCUGGCCUCCGCCUUCUCCUCUGCCCUCAACGCCUCCUCCAUCCACAUCGACGGGGCCAGCAWGGCUGGCCAGGACAGCGACCAGGUCAAGCUGGACAUCGACACCCAGCUGGGGCGAGCCUUYGAGGGGGACCAGCCCGUAGCCGUCAUCCAUCGCUUUGAGGAGCUGCCCCCGGGUUCCACAAUCAUAUUCUACCGCUACUGUGACCACGAGAAUGCAGCCUACAAAGAGGUGUUCCUGCUCUUCACUGUGCUGCUGCCUGAGGAGGAGUUAGGGAAGGAGCUCAGUCUGAAUGAGGUGGAGGAGAGGGUCCAGGAUUAUAUUACGGAAACCUUUGUGGAAAGUAACAGCUCAGACAAGCCUGGCUCCUAUAAUCGGAUGGACCUGGACAAGCUGAGUGGACUAUGGAGCCGUAUCUCCCACCUGGUCCUGCCGGUGGCAGUAGAGGAGAGCAUAGAGCAGGGAGGAUGCAUGGACUGAACUGGCAGCUACAGGAGACUUCUGGCUAGGUAGGAGCAGGCUCGCUGGGCUGGGCUCCUCUCCGUCUUUAUGGAGCUCUGGAGUAGCUGUGGCUCUGUAGCUGAGGGGUGAUGGUAUGAAGACACACCGAGGUGCUCUGUGUCUCUGGAUUAUUUUUAGACUUCACAGGUGAACUCUAGGAACUAGAGGUGAUAUCUUCCAGAGGUCAUAUGCUCUUAAUAGAGAUUUCUAUGCUGACAGAUCCAAACCAACAUUUAAUAUUCAGCCCAACUGCACUGUUUAGUUUUAACUGAGAUGUCCUCUCUUUCUGGUCCUCUGUCCUAUUUCUGAUCAUUUCACAACGGCCAGCUGCUGAAAUCAGGAAGUAAUUACAGAGUGACGGUCUGGGUUGAGGACAACAGUUUGUUGUGGGCUGUUUUUAUUUCAGACCCAAAGUUUGCUUUAUAGGGAAGAUGUACAGCAUUGAUUUUAUAAUAUGAUGUCUAUUGUUUCACGUUUUUCUUGUUUUGUCUUUUCUACUGUACUGAAAAUGAAAUCGUUACCUUGAUUUUAAUUGAAAAAAAGAAAGUUGUUUUGCUAUUCCACUUAAAGUGUUUGWUGCUGCAUGAAAUUGAAUCUGAGUCUAAAUUCCAGGAUUUCACCACUGAUCCUUGCAUUGGUAAAAUGACUGAAACUGAGUUCCUUUUCUGCUGUUAAACGCUCAUGUAUACAUAUUUUAAAAACAUAAUUUCAAUACCUCCAUUCCCUGCAUAUUUGGCUGAAAUGUCUUGCACUAAUUCUCUGGUUUUACAUUUUCAACCUACCAGCUUACCUCGAGGAUUGGCAGACAUGAAGACGGAAAUAAUCGUAAUUUGGGAUGCUGCAUUAGGUUUGUUUAUCUCUCUCACUCUCUCUGUGUGUGUGUGUGUGUGUGUGUGUUAUAGUAUUUGCUUAAUGAAAAAUAUAAUUAAAUGACUAUAUUGGAAAUAUUUUGAAAUAAUUGUUCAGUGGUAGUUCUAUUUUUAUAGGACAAGUUGGCCGGCGGGGGAGGGGGGUGGGGGUACAGAGAAGAGAUGUUGAAUAUGAUACUUUUCACACUGAAAUUCCAAGAAUUCUGGGAGGAGAGAGAUCGCUGUAAUUUAUCAGAUUCUUACUGCUAUGAUGCUUUUUUUUUCUUCUCAAAAUGCUUGAGUGUCUUARUGAAGUAAACAAUUCUAGAUUAUUUGCAGAAUAAGUGUUGGCAUAAUUUAGCAGUAUAAUCUGAACUGAUUGGAACAGUCAAUCAAAAAUGUAUAUCACAUAACUGGUAUUGCCAGUCAGACAUUGUGCCUUAUAGAAUAUUUUAAUUGGUGAGAUUUAGAUUAUAUUUGAUACGUUGUACCAAAUUACUCAGUGAUGAAGAUGAAUGUUGAACCAAGUAAUUCAACAACCUGUCCCAGCACACCAACUAUUUUCUUUCCACUGAGAAAUAUUUUCUAGKUUUAUGCUCUGUUGUUGUAACGAAGAUAUUCUGUAUUGCUUUCACCUGAAUAAGUAUGUUCUCUUUGAUUGUUUUGGUUUUCCUAUAAUAAUAAAAUAUUUUAAUAGUUG